GGCAAAACAGCUUCGCCAAGGAAGUGAUUCUGUGCGCAAAAAAAACCCCUAACCAGCGUACUUUUGUAAACUCUCCACCUGCAAUGGCAUCGUUCAAAGCUACCCUGUUCUUCGCCCUCGUCGCCCUCGUCGCGAUCGUGUCGGCCAUCCCCGCUCCGCAACAACCGGCCGCAGCCCGGCAACCAAUCGAACCCCGACCAGCGGCCGCAGCUGAUGCAGCGGACGAACUGGAAGCCGGUGCCGACGAUAAGGAUCUGAAGGGUGCUUCCUCCUUUGGCUACGGUUACUACGGCUACCCGGGAUACUACGGUGGAUAUGCGUACCCUGGAUACGCCUACAGCUAUGGAUGGGGUCGCUAUCCGUACUACCGUUACGGAGGACUGUACGGAGGCUACUGGUACUAAAGAGUGUGCUAGAUCACCCAUUAAGCCAUUGCCAUCACGCACCCGGAAUAAGCAACGCAACGCAUUGAUCUGUCUUCACCGGAACAUCGACCUACACCCCAAUACCCAACCACCACUGUUUGCCGUCCCCUUUUUACUGUUAUCUCUCGUCAAUACUUCUUCCAAGCAGACCCUCUUCCGAUCACAAACUUGACUCAACUUUUUGUAUAAGCAAUAGCAAGGUACCUCUCUUUGCUCUUUUGUUAACGUUUCCUUACCCUAUUUCGGUAACGAUACCGAGCUUCUAAUCUGUUUCGGUGUUGCUCGUUUUGUUCAUGUAACUAUUGUAUUAACGUUUAUAUUUAUACAAACAAAGAAAAACCAAAACGCUGCCGUUCGAAAGAAGAAACGAUGAAACAAACAAAAAUAAGAAACUGGAAAUUUUUUGUACAUAAUGGUUAUUCUUUUUUUCUAAUAAAAAGAGCAUAAACAAUA